AUGAGAAGGUUUAGUGCUACUGGAACAGAAACCCAGGUUCAAGAUAAACAACCACAGAAUUCUCCAUUUUCUGAUAUUAAUAGCUUACCACCAUUACAACCAAUUGUAUCUGAAGCAUUAAGUGAUUCGGAUCAAGAUGUUGGAUCUUCUUCUAAUUUAAUGACAGCUUCAAAUCCACCAAGAAAUAAAUGGAGAAUAGUUUCAAGUAUUUUAUUUAAUUUCACAGCUGGAUUUAGUGAUGCUGCUCCAGGUGCUUUAUUACCCCAUAUUGAAAGUUAUUAUAAUAUUAAUUAUGCCAUUACAUCUUGUAUUUGGGUGAGUAAUGCGGUGGGAUUUAUUUUAAUUGCUACAAUGUCUCAUAAAAUUCAACCUUGGCUUGGAAAACAAAAUAGUUUACCAAUUGGCAAUUUUUUAAGUUGUAUAAUGUAUGCAAUGGUAGCCAGUGGUACUAAAUUUCCUGUUAUUGUUGUGGGUUUCUUUUUUGGUGGUUGUGGAUUAGCAUUAGUUGCGGCACAAUGUAAUAUUUUUUUAAGUAGAUUGGAUAAGCAAAGUAAGUAUCUUGCAUAUUAUCAUGGUGGUUAUGGAAUUGGUGCUACUAUUAGUCCUUUAAUUGCUACUGGGAUGGUUAAUAGUGGAGUUCCUUGGAAUUACUUUUAUUUGAUAUUGUUAGGAAUGAUGGCUGCUACUGGUGUAAGUUUAUAUACUUCAUUCCAAAAUGCUGAUGAAGAUUUAAAACCUUGGGAUCAAGAUGAUGUACAAGAUUCAAGUGUUGAAUUACUGACAUUGAAUCCAUCUGGUCAUAGCACUACCACUGUUACACCAGACGAUAAUCAACCUUCAGAAAUGUUAUUGGCAUUGAAAAAUCCAGUUACUUGGUUGAUUGCUUUCUUCUGUUUAUGUUACCAAGGAGCAGAAGUUUCAUUAGCGGGCUGGAUUGUCACUUUCUUAUUAGACUAUCGUCAUUCAAAUCCAAACAGUACUGGUUAUGUUGCUUCUGGUCUCUGGGCCGGAUUAACAUUAGGAAGAUUAUUAUUAACUCGACCAAUUCACAAAUAUAUUGGAUUAAGAAGAGGAGUAUUUAUUGUGUCCGUGUUAUCAAUAGUAUUGGUUAUUUUAACAUGGGUUAUUCCUACGAUUAUAGUUGAAGCAGUGUUUGUUUCAAUUGCUGGUGUUUUCAUUGGUCCAAAUUAUCCAUUAUUAAUUACAUUUGCUGCUUUACCGGGGUUAAUUCCUAGAAAAAUCCAAGUUGUCUCAAUAACUAUAAUGACAGCAUUUGGAUCAACUGGAGGUGCAUUAUUCCCGUUCAUUGUAGGUGUUUUACUGCAAAAAGUAGGCACUUUUGUUGUUUUACCAGUAUUUAUUGCAUUGUAUUCAACUAUGGUCUUCCUUUGGAUGAUGUUACCAAAUAGUGAGAGACAAAACAAACAAAACAAAUCACAACUUGGAUUCUGGGAAAGAAUGUGGUAG